AUGCCCUCUUUACUUAACUCCAGAUCAUUUGGAUCCAACAAUUGGUGCAUUAAAUUUGAAACAUUGUCAAACAAUAACAAUGUUAAUAAUCUGUUAGUGUCUUUAAGCAAUGGUGAAUGCCAUGUUUUAGAUAAAAAUACUUUACAAUCAACUACAGUUGCCAAAGUCGGGAAUUCCACUAUUACUGGAAUGAUCAAUUUUGCAAAUGAUAAUGACAUGACUAACCUAUUUGCUGUAUCAUGUGAUAAGACAGUCAAAAUUUUUGAUAUCAGGACACCAACAAAAGCUGAAGUUGUUACCACGCUUAAUUCAAAUUCCCCCAUAACUGCAUUAACCUAUGAUCAUAACAUAUUAUGUUAUGGUACUGAAUUAGUAGGAGCAGAUGCGUCCAUUCACAUGUUUCAUAAAAAAGCCUUUGGUGGAACACCGUACAGGUCUUUUCUUGAUAGCCAUAAUGCUGAUAUUACUUGUUUAAAAUUCCAUCCACAAGAUCCAAUGAUUUUCAGCAGUGGCGGCACUGAUGGAUAUUGUAAUAUUUACGAUUUAACUCAAGAAGAUGAAGAAGAUGCUUUGCAUCAAGUCAUAAAUUUUUCUAGUAUACACUCCUGUGGAUUCAGUUCAUUUAAUAGAAUUUAUGCUUUAAGUCAUAUAGAGACCUUUGCUAUUUAUAGCUUGAAUGAUAAAAGUGAUCAACUUAAUGAAAAACCUGCAAAAGAAUUUGGGGACUUAAGGAAAUCUUUGCAAUGCAACUAUAUUGUAGAUCUAUAUCCUGGUCUAAUUGUAGCAGGUAGUAACAACAACUCAAUAAAAUUAAUUCCAUUUGAUAGUGAAACUGAGAAUUUUAACACUUCUAAGCAUAUUGAAAUAGACAAUUGUCAAAACGGGGAGGUUGUAAGAGAUAUAUUUAUACCAGUGGGUAACAAUAGUAACAAUUUGAUAUAUACAUGUGGGGAAGAUGGCUUUGUUAAUUGCUGGAAGGAUGAUAGGAUAUCUAGUUUGAAAUUACCCUCUUCCUUCUGGGAUUACUCUGAAAAUAUUGAAGUAUUUGGGAAUACAGUAGUUGAGGUUGAUAUGGACGAUGAUGCUAACCCUGUUGAAGAGAAGAGAAGAAACAUUACUGAGGAGACUGGUAUUGAUAAACAUAAACGUAAAAAAAAAUAUGAUAAAAACGACAAACACAAGAGUAAAAAGUAUAGUCGUAAAGAUGAAGAUCAUCGUUAUAAACCAUAUUAG